CUCGGGUUCAUUAAAACGGAGACACCUCAUUGGCCAAUCCUAACAGAGCAAUGCAGGGAUUGGUUAAGAAAACUUACACAAAUAUAUCAUUUGAGUCAUAAAUACUAUGUUAUCCAACAUAGUAAAGGGGGCAAAGUCUUCCUGUUUAUGAAUUACUGAACGGGAGCCAGCUCAGGUGGCAGCUUGUGUUUUUUUUUUUUUUUUAUCAAUUCAAGUUGUGAUCUAUAAAGGUGUGACUCGACUCUGGUGUUGUAAGUUUCAAACGUGCACGUGCUGAAAGGUCAGGAAGUCAACGUCACAGGAGUAUUGCUGUUACACAACGAGAUCUUUUAAAUGAAACGCACAUCCCUGUUUUUUUUACCACUCUGUGGAGAACAGGCAUCCAGGAGCACGUAGCUAUUUUACUCCAAGGUUUCUGGCGCUGACAGAGUGCUGUCACAUCUACAUCCUUUCUCUCUUUGCUUUCUAGACGGGUUGAUUUGUAGUUGUAGUGUGUUCGUAGGUAAGUCGCUGCGUCAAGAAUGGCAAAACACAACAUCGGUCUUCUGAUCGCCAUGGCGGCAGCACUGAUCAUCUUCAUCAUCACCAUGGCGUUCUCUGCUCUGGCAGCAGCAGGAAGCUCCCCAUUUUUGUACGACACCGGCAAUAUUUCCGCUCAGUUUGUCAUCCAGAUCACGCCAUCAGGUUGGACCUUCACCAUCUGGACCAUCAUUUACAUCUUUCUGGCUCUGGUGAUGGCGUACGCCAUUUCUGGUAUCUUCAGAAAGAAUGCUUACGGUUAUGUCUACUGCAGCCCUGCUGUUCUACCUUAUGGCUUUUAUGCGUUCUGGUGCUUGAAUCUGGUCCUAAACAUCUCGUGGUUGUUCCUGUGGGACAGAAUGUUCAUGCCUGCUGCUCUUGCUUUCCUCAUCCUAAUCGCACUGACGAACUAUGCUGUGAUAUUCUUCUCCUGCUACGGUCUGAGCCAAUAUGGAGCCUGGCUUAAUAAAUACCACAGAGUAGACCUGUGGCUCCACCGUGUGUUGAUUCAGAAUGGGAUUGCCAUAUAUGCCACAUGGACAACCAUAGCAUCUCUUGUUAACCUCACCAUCGUGCUAGUGUACGACGCCAACGUAUCCAAUACAGAUGGCGCCACCAUUUCCCUUUCCAUUUUGACUGUAGCGGUGGUUGCGUGGUUUGUCCUGGAAAACUUUGUCCUCGACAAACACGUGAGGUUCAUCCUCACCAUCUACCCGGUGGUGAUUUGGGCACUGACGGGCGUCUUCACGGAAAACUACAACGCUGCCGAUCCCACUCGCAAUAACAUCUUCAUUGCUGCACUGCUGGGCAUCGCAUGUUUCCUGUUUGUCGCACGGAUACUCCUGUUCACCUGGAGGCAAAUCAAAAUGCCGCUCUACAAAGACGUAAACCCUGAUGACAUGUCACCGAUGGAUAUUGCAGAGAAGCAGAAAAAGAUGUUUAGGUGAACGUCUUGGUUGUGAAUGUGUGUGAGAGGCCUUGAUUUUUAUCACAGAUGUAAUUUAUGACCCUGGUGAGAUAUUCCUGAACAUCCUUUCUAUAUGUCCUGAUAAGUUUAUAACAGGUUGUCCUGGAAAGACUGCUGACUCGUGAUAAAGCCUAUGAACGUACAUGAUAAACAGUUGUCGACAUGCUCCAAUGUCCCUGGAUGGACAAGACACGUGUGUGCCGUUUUUGUUUGUUUGUUUGUUUGUUUGUUUUUUUGUUUUUUAUAGAAAUGUUUUGCCUUUUAAACAUAUUAAAAGUUUCCAUGGUAUUGUUUGCUUUUUGUUAU